GGGGCAGUAGAAAGUCUGACAGGGUAGAGCAAACAAAAGUCACAUGGCUAUCUGGGCUCAAAGGCUGCAGGUGGUUUCCCUGCCUGCUCCAGGCUUGGGGGCAGUGGUCGCCCUGCGUGGCCCCUACUCACUGCAUAGUGGGACCUGGUGCUAGUGUCUCCCCAGGGUUCCGCUGCUACCCAAUCUCCAGCCAACUGCCUUGUUUCAUUAAGCUUUGGAUAGUCUCAUCCAUAUAUGAUUCCACCCUUCUGGUUCUAUGUUUGGAAUGAAUACAAGAGACCAAGCACUAAUUUAGUGCCUUCUAUAUAUCAAGUCCUGUUCUGAGCAUUUAUUAGCUUAGUGGUUCCUUUCAGGGACCCUAUGGGGUUGAAACUAUUAAUAUCCCCAUUUUAAAGAUGGGCAAAAUGAGGUUAAGGCACUAAUCCAAGAUCUCACAGCCAGGAAGUAGCAGAGGCAGGAUUUGAACCUAGAACUUCCGGCUGCAGAAGUCAGUGAUCUAAACCACUAUGUAUACAAUAGUCAUGGUAAUGGCACAUAAUAGGCACACAGUCAAUUGAAGUCCUUUCACAGUUCCUGGAGUGUCAAGAGCACCCAGUUCCUCCCUGCUUUCACAUGCUUCUGUUGCCCACCUGUCCUGGGCCACUCCUGCAGCCCUGCCUUGCCCAGUCUGCCUGGCCUCACCCUCCAUCUGCUAACAAAGGGCCUGGCAGGGGUAUGGGCUCUGAUAAGGCGUGGGUGAGGCUGAAGUUCGCUAGCACUCCCUCUUUGCAGAAGGGCCCAGGGAAGGGGUCCCUGCCCUGCCCUAAGCCCCCCAGGCCUGGCCCAGAUGAUCUGGGUUCUGGCUGUUUACCACGAAGGCUGCUGAGAGAAGGGGAACCAGGGAGUGCCCUAGGAGAAGACAUGAGCCUAGGGUAUCCAGAAGAGGGACCUCUGUGGACCCUGCCCUGCUGGCCACUCCCUUAUCUUCAGCUAUAAGAGCCAGCCACCACCUGCCCUCUGCACCAUUCCUCAAUCCCGCAGCUCUUCUCACAGGACGAGUCGCCAGCUCAGCUUCUCAGGAUGGCCUACAUCCCUGCUCCCGGCUACCAGCCCGCCUACAACCCGACUCUGCCCUACAACAAGCCCAUCCCUGGUGGUCUCAGCAUUGGGAUGUCUGUUUACAUCCAAGGAGUGGCCAGUGAACACAUGAAAAGGUUCGCCGUGAACUUCACGGUGGGACAGGGCCCUGAGGCCGACAUCGCCUUCCACUUCAAUCCCCGCUUUGAUGGCUGGGACAAGGUGGUCUUCAACACGAAGCAGGACGGCAAGUGGGGCAGCGAGGAGAAGAAAAGGAGCAUGCCCUUCCGCAAGGGCGCCGCCUUCGAGCUGGUGGUCAUGGUCCUGGCGGAGCACUACAAGGUGGUGGUAAAUGGAAAUCCAUUCUAUGAGUACGGGCACCGGCUCCCCCUACAGAUGGUCACCCACCUGCAAGUAGAUGGGGACCUGGAACUUCAAUCAAUCAACUUCAUCGGAGGCCAGCCCCCCCCAAGCCAGACACCCAUGACUAUUCCAGCAUACCCAGGUCCUGGCCACAGCUGCCAAGCACCGCCGAGUAACCUGCCUACCAUGGAGGGACCACCAACCUUCAACCCGCCUGUGCCAUUUAUAAGGAGACUGACAGGGGGCCUCACAGCCCGAAGAACCGUCAUAGUCAAGGGCUUCGUGCCACCCAGAGGCCAGAGCUUUGCCAUCAACUUCAGGGUGGAGUCCUCAGGGGACCUGGCCCUGCACAUUAACGUCCGCAUGAACGAAGGCGCCGUGGUUCGAAACAGCUAUCUGAAUGGCUCGUGGGGAUCCGAGGAGAGGAGUCUCCCCCACAACCCGUUUGGUCCUGGCCAGUUCUUUGACCUGUCCAUCCGCUGUGGCAACGAUCGCUUCAAGGUUUACGCCAAUGGCCAGCACCUCUUCGACUACUCCCACCGCCUUUCAGCCUUCCCGAGGGUGGACGUGCUGGAGAUCCAGGGUGAUGUCACCUUGUCCUACGUCCAGAUCUGAUCUAUUCCUGGCACCGUGACCCCUGGGAGCACAGAGAGAAAGACCCCAUAAGACUCCCUUCUAGGCCUCUAAUAAAAAUGUCUGAAGGUG